AUGGAAAGCCGGGCCAGUUCGUUUUUGGCGGAGCUGGACGAGGUGUACGUACACCCCAGCUCCUGGGGCCUCAAACCCUCCGAAUUCUUUUCUCUCAAAUUUCAUUUUAUUUAUUUUGCAAACUUCAACUUCACUGCAGCAGCAGCAGCAGCAGCUCUGCUUCCUGGCGGCCCAGGCCCAGCCCCGGAGGCCCCCCCUGCAGCAGCAGCAGCAGCAGCAGCAGCAGCAGCAGCAGCAGGGGGGGGGGGCCCCCAGGGGGCCCUAGGGUCUUUUUUGGGGUUUGUUGGUUUGCUGCUGCAGCGCCACAAAGACACCCCAAUACCCUUUCGGGGGCCCCCGGGGGGCCCCCCGGGGGGCCCCUGGGGAGCAGAAGUCAACAUAGAAGGAAGUCUAGUGGGGGCCCUGUUGGAUGGGGCGGAGAGGGUACUGAGCAGCAACUGCGGCUGGGGCCAGCAGCAACAGCAGCAGCAGCAGCAGCAGCAGCAGCAGCAGCAGCAGCAGCAGCAGCAGCAGCAGCAGCAAGGCAGCACGGCUGCUGGAGCCUCUGGGGAGACUGAGACCUUCCAAAGGCCCAGACCCCUCAAAAGGAGGCCCCUGGGGGUCACCCCAGAAAACCCUCAGGGGGGCCCCCCUGGGGGCCCCUCUGGGGGCCCCCCUGAGGGCCCCUCUGGGGGCCCCCCUGGGGGCCCCCAGGGGCCCCCGGGGGCCCCCAGGAACGCAGGCAGUACCCUAGCUGCUGCUGGAGAGGAUCGCCGAGGCUGGCAAGGAGACUAUGGGCGGCUGCUGUGCUGCUGCCCCGAAGGGCCCGCGGGGGGCCCCCUUGCUGCUGCCUUGCUGCAGCAGCUAGCUGCGGAGUCUGAGUUGCUGCUGCAGCUGCUGCUGCUGCUGCUGCAGCUCUCCAGGGGCCUCCAGGUGACCCUGGGGGCCCUCCUAAUACGCGGGGGGGCCCUCGCCCUGGGCCCCAGGGCCCAGCAGUCUCAUUUGCUGCGGGGCUGGGGGCACAGCAGCAGCAGCAGCAGCAGCAGCAGCAGCAGCAACAGCAGCAGCAGCAAGGAGGAGCCCGCUGCUGCUGCUGCUGCUGCUGCAGUGCUGGGAAGGGUGCUGCUUGAGCUCAUCGCGCUGCUGCGGCAGCUCUGUACCCACUCCCCGGGGGGCCCCCCGGGGGGCCCCCCGGGGGGCCCCCCUGGGGCCCCUCCUGGGGGCCCCUCUGGGGGCCCCUUGGGGGGCCCCCCGGGGGGCCCCCCGGGGGCCCCCGAGGGGCCCCCGCUGCUGCUGCUGCUGCUGCGGAGCGCAGCUUGGCUGCUGAGCAGCGAAGCCAAGGGGGCCCUCUUGGGGGCCCCCCUGUGGCUGUUUGGGGCUGCAGGGGCUGGGGUGUACGUACACCUGGAGAGCCUAGCAGCAGCAGGGGCCCUGCAAGCUGCUGCUGCUGCUGCUUUUGCUGCAGGGGGGGGGGCCCCCCAAGCUGAGGGGCCCCUCUUGGCGCCAGUACCCUCUGAGUUGGAAAGCUGCUGGGGCACCGAGAGCAGUCCGCUGCAGCAGCUGGUGCGGCUCUUGUGGGAAUCCUUAAACUCCGAAAAAGAAAAUAAAAUAAAUAAAAUUAAAAUAAAUAAAAACUUCAACUUUUCUUUCUUUUCUUUGUACUCUCUGGGGCCCCUGGGGGCCCCCCCAGCUGGCUGCGCCCACGCAGGUUUUGCUGCUAAAAGCCAAACUGCAGCAGCAGCAGCAGCAACAGCAGCAGCAGCAGCAGCAGCAGCGGCAGCAGCAGCAGAGGAGGGGGAAGGCCCCUCUCAGGAUGAAGAAGUCCAGCUUUGCUUUGAGUACGGCAUUGAACUCAUUCAAGAAGGCAGGGGGGGCCCCCUGGGGGCCCCUCUAGGGGCCCCCUUUGGGGGGCCCCCCUUGGCGGGGGCCCUUAUGAGCCUUUAUGGGCCCCCUGAGGGGCCCCAGACUGUGGGGGCCCCUAGAUUUAAGGAGACAGCAGCAGCAGCAGCAGCAGCAGCAGUUCGCAGCAGCAGCAGCAGCUCGCGGGAUGUGCUGCAGCAGCAGCAGCAACGGCAACUGCUGCAGCUGCAGCAGCUGCAGCAGCAGCAGCUGCUGCAGCAGCACCAAAUAGCUGAGGAUUGCCUCGAGAUCAUGGCAAGGGGGUGGGCCCCCUCUGGGCCCCACAGCCAGGGGGGCCCCCUUGGGGGCCCCCAGGGGGGCCCCCUUGGGGGCCCCCAGGGGGCCCCCCUGGCUGUGGGGCCCUCCCCCCCACUAACAGCUGCUGCUUUGGGGCCCUCUUUGCCCCUUUUGAUUUGCUGCAUAGAGCGCAUGCAUGCAGCAGCAAGGGAGCCGAGGGGCCCCAAAGGGUACUGCUGGGGGCCCCCCUCUUUGGGGGCCCCCCCCUUGGGGGGCCCCCCUCUUUUGGUAUUAUCCCUUUUAACAGAAUGGAAGCUAAGGGCCCCCCCUGCGGGCCCGGUUUGCUGA